AUGGAAAAGAAAAUUUGCGAUCAAGCAAUUACUCUCUCUCUCUCUCUUUCUUCUGCCAUCGCCAAAAACUUGUCUUUUGCUUCUGGGUUUUGCUUCUUAUUUUUGAAUAUAGUCAUUGGAGAUGGCUCCGGUUGGUCCUCGAUCCGGUGAUGCGAUCUUCUCUAGCAUUGAUCGUGUGAAUGCGGAGUUGUUCACGUUGACGUAUGGUGCUAUUGUGCGUCAAUUGCUUACUGACCUGGAAGAAGUAGAGGAAGUUAACAAACAGCUUGAUCAAAUGUAUUCUUCUUCUACGAUUUAUGUAGACUCUCUUCCAUGGGGAUACAACAUUGGAAUCCGACUUAUCGAUGAGUUUCUAGCUAAAUCUGGUGUUUCCAGAUGCGUUGACUUUAAGGAAACUGCUGAAAUGAUUGCCAAGGUGGGUUUCAAGAUGUUCUUAGGAGUCACUGCAUCAGUGACAAGCUGGGACUCGGACGGGACUUGCUGCAGUAUAAUCUUAGAGGACAAUCCCCUAGUUGAUUUCGUCGAGCUUCCCGAUACUUGCCAAGGUCUUUACUACUGCAAUGUCUUAAGUGGAGUCAUUAGAGGAGCUUUGGAAAUGGUCUCAAUGAAGACAGAAGUGACAUGGACGCGUGAUGUUCUUCGAGGAGAUGAUGCUUAUGAGUUGCAAGUAAAGCUACUGAAACAAGUCGCUGAGGAAUAUCCUUACAAGGAUGAUGAAUAAAUAUCAAUCUCUUAUCUUCCCUCUUCCUCAAAGAGAAACUAAUUACUGUUUUGUAGUCUCUUUCUCUGCAUUCUUAGCUUUGUUUUUUUUCUCCGCAAACACAAAACUAUAAGCUAUGAAACUAAAUACUGUUUAAAUCCAUUUCUUAGUGUUCUGAUGUGACAAGAGUUAAUCGUAUCACAAUGUCUCAAAUCGUGUAAUAAAUAGAUCAAUUCAGUGAGAUCAGAGUGUGUUUUUUCUUUCG